ACUCACUUGUAUUAAAGUUUGCACUAUUGUACAUAAAAUUGCGCAUGAUACACUUGUUAAUUCUACCACUGGGGUCGCUGUCGUACAUCCAUAAUAUUCUCUCCAGUUCGUAUUCUACUACGCUCUAGAAAAGUGAUACCACGAGACACGGUGUGCAAACAACAGACUACAGCUGAGUUGUGCAUAUUAUUCAGUAUAGCAAAAAUGUUCGUCGGUCGUGUGUAUUCAGAUUGUUUUUUUUUACUAUCUUAUGAAAUUGUAUAAAAUAUAUUUUUAAAAAAACAAUAAUAUUUUAUUGGAUUCAGAUUUAUUAUUUGUUUAUCAAUAAGCUAACGUAUAAAAAUUAUGAAAUCAAUAAAUAAAAAUGUCAGGUUAAGAAGGGAACUUGGACUCUUCAGUGCAGUAAGCCUUAUAAUAAGUGUGAUGUUGGGAUCCGGAAUAUUUGUUUCGCCUGCAAAUGUAUUAAGGAAUACUGGUUCCAUUGGAAUGUGUCUAGUUAUUUGGACACUUUGUGGACUUCUAUCUUUAUUAGGAGCCCUUUCGUAUUCGGAAUUAGGUUCCAUAGUUAGUAAAUCAGGUGGUGAAUUCAGCUUUUAUCAAUAUGCUUUUGCUGAUAUGCAUAAAUUCUGGGGUCCAUUAGUUAGUUUUGUAUAUUCAUGGGUCGCAAUAAUGUAUGUGCGACCAGCAGAAGUAGCUAUAAUAAUAUUAACUUUUGCUGAGUACUUUAUUCGUCCAAUUAGUUUAGUUAUGUUAAUUGAUCCAAAUAAUGAAGUAUUAUUAAAUAAAAUUGUCAGCAUACUAGCAUUAGGUGUUAUUACUAUGAUCAAUUAUAACAGUGUUAAAUGUUUUAUUAAAGUUCAAAAUAUUUUUACGAUUUGUAAAAUUAUAGCAUGCAUUUUUGUGAUCAUCGGUGGUUUUUAUCAAAUUUAUUUAGGCAAUAUACAAAACUUGAAAACUGGUUUUGAAGGUACAACUUCAUCUAUGAACAACCUGGUUGUAGCUUUUUAUAGUGGUCUUUGGUCUUAUGAUGGAUGGACUGCUUCAAUUACCGUGUUUGAAGAAAUAAAAAACCCUCAAAGAAAUAUAUUUUUAAGUAUACUACUAGCUGUUCCUUUUGUUACCCUUAUAUACGUAUUAAUGAAUGUGUCGUAUCUUACUGUUUUAACAAUCUCUGAAAUGAUGUCUGUUCAAGCAGUUGCAGUUGAAUUUGGAGCAAGAGCACUUGGAAAUUUCAGUUUAAUAAUCCCACUAGGUGUCGCUGUUGCUACAUUUGGUUGUGCUCUUAGUAUACAAUUUGGUAUUACUAGGUUAUGCUUUGUUGCCAGUAGAGAAGGACAAAUGCUUGAAGUUUUUUCUUAUGUCAGCGUUAAAAAAUUAACACCAGCUCCAGCUGUUGUUUUACAGGGAAUACUUACUCUAAUUUGUUUAUUAGCUGGAGAUAUAAUAACUCUUAUAGAGUUUGCUAGCUUUUUAGGGUGGAUGUUCUAUGGAAUUUCUAUGGUAGCUUUGUUGGUGAUGCGAUUUACAAAAAGUGACAUUAAACGACAAUUCAAAGUACCGAUCAUUAUUCCAGUUUUCGUGCUCAUUGUGUCUGUGGUUUUGUUUCUAACUCCAAUUGUAUAUAACCCACGGCCACAAUAUUUAAUAGCUCUUGUAUUUAUUUUAUCAGCAUUUUUAAUUUACAUUCCAUUUGUAUACCAAAAACGAAGAUUAACAGUAGUCGCUUUAUAUGAUAUUCCCCUGAAGUGUUCCCAGUGAUUAUAACGUCUUCUGCGUAUAUAAAUAGUAAUCCUGACUACACAACGCAAUUUUACUUAUAACUCACAAACAACAUUUGAUGAUUGCUAGCCUAUUCAUAGCGUAUUCUCAUUGCUUAAUAUUGGACAAAUAAACAUAUUAUUCCAUCUCUCCGGAAACUUCUUUUUUUUCCAUAUUUGUAAAAUUACCGAAUGCAACAUAUUUUUUCGACAAAUUCUCAUAUUUUGAGUUAAAUGUGUCUUCACUAAAAGACAUUAUUUUUGUGUAUGGUAUUCUCUCUUUUGUUUCAUUUAUGCAAUAGAAUUCUGAAUUUAUUCUGAUUUUUUGGUAAUUAUUGUCCUCUCUUAAUACUUCAUUCAGCAAUUAUUUUUAAUGAAGGAUCUAUUUUCGUCAUUAGGAAUAAUACAAGUGAAAUAAAACCAGUUUUAAUCGCCUAGCACCCUUUGCAGAAUUUUCUUAGAUUGUAUUUAUAUUAUUCGAUUUCUUUAAUCUUUAUUUUUGUUACUUUUUUAUUUCCUCAUUCCUAAUUAUUUUUGUUACUUCUUUCCUUUUGUUCUCCAAUUCGCUGAUGUGUUCAUACAUGGAUGUCUGCAUUGCUUUAAUCCUAUCUUUGUUUUGUUCUUAAAUCCCCUUUCUGCAGCGUUUUAUGAACCGUUUAUUUCAUUUUGAUCUUUGUAUGAACUAUGCUACGUUCUCUGUAGUUUCUAAUGUGGAAUUUUUAACCAUAUACUAUUUAUCCUCCAAUUGUUCAAUACUAGUGGUAUUUUUAGCUACGAUACGAAGCUGAGAAGAUAUUGAUUUUACUAGGAUACGUUUAUUUUUUGUGUCUGUUACCAUUUUUUCUCAACUUUCACCGAAUCGAUUUCUUUCAACGAUAUGUCAAAAGAUCACAAAUUUUAUCUAAUCGAAGACAUUACCCUCAAAAAUUGAAAAAAAAUUCCUCGUUUCCCGUAAAUCUCCAAAAAAAUUACAAAUUUAAAAAUCUCUAAUGUUCAAAAUUUUUUUUACUUAAAACUACAAUAAUUUUUUU